AUGACGGACAGAGAUAGCAAGCCCUUCCUACCUGCGGGAGCUCUGAAAUGGUUUCGUCUGGCAAGAGGUUUCGCCCCAGCCCCCAAACUUCUGGGCAAAAGUAACGCCCCCGAAGAGUUGGUGUCAUUUGAGGAUGUCACAGUGAAGUUCACCUGGGAGGAGUGGCAAAAUCUCAACAAUGCUCAGAAGAUGCUUUACAGGAGUGUGAUGCUGGAGAUGUAUAGUAGCCGGCUGUCACUGGCCUUUUACCAGAAGUCAGACCUCAGUAGGCAUCAGAGGAUCCACAACAGUGAGAAAUUACAUGAAUAUAAAGAAUGUAGAAAAGACUUUCAAAAUAAGUCAUACCUCAAAACUCACCAGAAGGUUCACACAGAUGAGAAACCAUAUGAAUGUAAAGAGUGUGGGAAAGCAUUUCAAAAUAAGUCAUAUCUCAACAAUCACCAAAUAAUUCACACAGGUGAAAAGCCCUAUGAAUAUAAUAAAUGUGGGAAAACGUUUCAGUGGAAGUUAGUCCUCAGUAAGCAUCAUAGAAUCCACACAGAUGAAAAGCCCUAUGAAUGCAUUCAGUGUGGAAAAAUGCUUGGCUACAAAUCAUCCCUCAUUGUAUAUGAGUUGAUUCAUUCUGGGGAGAAACCUUAUGGAU